AGUUUCUUCAAAUUAUUCUGCUGAGGUCUGUUUGCAAGGAUGUUACGCAGCACCCAUCUAACAUAAAAGAUACCAAAAUAGAACUAUAUCAUAACAAGGCGGCACAACUCAGCGAGAUAUGAUGCUUCAUUUACAAGACAAGCUUUGGCUCUGGACACUUUGGCUGCUGGCAUUGCCAGUUGUUGUUCCUGAAUCACCAACUUUUGCAAGACUGUGCGACAAACCUGCACAGGCCGGUACAGGAAAGCUUUUGGGUAUGACUUUCCUUGAAGCUCCGAUCCUCUCUCCGGCGUGGAUGUCAAGGCAUGCGGCCGUUACUCGAUAAUCAUUUAGAUAAAAACCUCUCUAGCCUACGUGGAUGAAUACACAAGUGCAAUACUACGCCGACA